AUGUACCGAUACGGAGUCAUAAUUGCUCUCUUGGCCGCAACUACCGUCCAAGCAACCCCUCUCAACCUUUUCUCUCGUUCCGAGAACGGCCUUGUCGGCGAUAGUGGUAUGACUGCCAGUGCACUUGGGGGCGACGGCACUAGUGGCGUGAAGAUUGCGAUACGCUCUGAGGAUGACUUUAUUACUGGCGAUCUCGAUCUUGAUGUUUUUACCCCCGGAGAUGGUAGGAAGUGGACUCAACUUCGUAUACUGGUAUCUCACCCUAAUGGACCUGAAAAUUUUGAUAUAGAUGCCAUCGAGGCCAGAAAUCCUCAGGGACUUGAUGAAGGUGAUGACCCCAGGUCGCUGAGCGACGACGUGCGGAAAGACUUCGACAAGGGUGACGAGCAGCUCGCCAAUCCCAUAGAUAUCCAUGGAAUCCUUCCUGUCGAUGCAAGCGGUGUUAUCGUUGAUAUCUAA